AUGGGAAGGAGACCAGCGAGGUGUUACCGUCAGAUAAAGAACAAACCAUACCCGAAGUCACGGUUCUGUAGGGGCGUACCCGACCCGAAGAUCCGAAUAUACGAUGUGGGGAUGAAGAAGAAAGGUGUUGACGAGUUCCCAUUCUGCGUGCACUUGGUGUCAUGGGAGAAAGAGAACGUUUCGAGCGAAGCUUUGGAAGCAGCAAGGAUAGCGUGCAACAAGUACAUGGCGAAGUUUGCAGGGAAAGACGCGUUUCAUUUGAGAGUUAGGGUUCACCCUUUUCAUGUUCUUAGGAUAAAUAAGAUGCUUUCGUGUGCUGGAGCUGAUAGGCUUCAAACUGGGAUGAGGGGUGCGUUUGGGAAACCGCAAGGGACUUGUGCGAGGGUUAAUAUUGGUCAGGUUCUUCUUUCUGUUCGUUGUAAGGAUACUAAUAGCCACCAUGCUCACGAGGCUCUUCGCCGUGCCAAAUUUAAGUUCCCUGGUCGCCAGAAGAUUAUUGUCAGCAGAAAGUGGGGAUUUACUAAGUUCAACCGAACUGACUAUUUGAAGUUGAAGUCUGAGAACAGAAUUGUGCCGGAUGGUGUCAAUGCCAAGGUUCUUGGGUGCCAUGGCCCUUUGGCCAAUCGUCAGCCUGGAAGAGCUUUCUUGCGAGCUACUGCUUAGGCCAUUUAGCAGGGGAAUUUCAUUGAAUAUAUGAUUUUUCUU